AUGGCGAAGAUGGCGAGACGCGGACGGGGAAGGGUGCAGCUCGCCAGGAGGCAGGAGCGCCAGAACAACGAGGAGCUGAACUCAAGCCGACAGUGCCAGCAUAUCAAUCGUCGCCUAGUCACAUCACUGCCAUCAUUGCCAGCACAAUCAUCAUCAUAUGCAAGUAUCAAUAUGUACCAGCUUCCUGCCCCAAUCAAUGACCGCCCGAGCGCCAAUGGGAAGAUAAGAAUACGUGAUCACGCCCUGUCUGCAAAAGCCCUCGUGGGGGCGCCACUUUGCUUGGCGCCAGCCUGCGCCAAGCAGAGCGCCGAAUACGCCAGCCUGCGCCAAGCAGAGCGCCGAAUUGUAUAUAUUAGUAAGGUUGGAUCUCGCACCAGGCACGCUGAUGUGCCAUCGGCCUGUCGCACUGCCUGGUGGAGACCUGUCACGUCCUGCUGGGUAGUUGCCGUGUCCCGCGAACCUAGAGUGCUCCGUGCGAAGAGCUUGGACUGUUCCGCACAGAGGAGGGAGGAAGGAGGGGGGAGGAACGGGGAAGAGGAGGAGGAGGAGGAGGAGGAGGAGGAGGAGAAG